UCAUUCACUCUUGCGCUCGGCUCGAUACAUACUGCAUGGAACAUACGGCCAGGCCGUGAGGAAAAUGGUACGAACAGAUACCUCGCUGUGAAUCGAUUGGUACGGUUUCACCUGAUGAAUCGCUGAGCUGACGACGAAUCUCCGCGUGUUCUGUCUCCCUCUCGUUGCUUCGCUUCUCCUUCGCCGUCACGAGAAGGCUGAGGAGGGGCUGGAGAGCUCAUGCGAAAGGCACUUACCGCUCGCAGCAUUCGCUGCACGUCGCGGCCUGCCGUGCCCAUGCUUCUGCCUCGCUCUUCCGCGAUUGCUAAGCAUCCACAGGAUACAUGAAAAAGAAACCGAUGCAGACAUCGCAGCCUGUACUGACCUCCAGCUUGGGCUCUCAGUAGGCUGCAGGGGAUAAAAAGACACGCACACCAGGUACAUACACUCCAUUGCUUCGGGGUCGAGGUAGGCUGGGUGUGCAUUCUCUUACUCGGCCAUUCUCUCGGUGGUCGUCACGUCUUCCUGCUUUUCGAAGUCCUCGGCCUUGACUUCAGACGAGCUUGAGCUGCUUGCGACCUCCGAUAUCUCGCCACCUUCUUUAUCGCUCUGUGCCGCACUCUUCGCCUUCAAUCUCAGCCUCGAUGCAAUGCCUUGUGGCAAGCCCUUCUUUGGAAAAACUGACGAAGCCUUGGCUGAAGCAGCUUCUCGCGACUGGUCCUCGUCAGCUUGCGGAGGGGCAGACGGUGCGGUGGCUCGUCUCUUUCCUGCAGCUCUGAACGCUGCAGCACCUCGAAGCAGCCUCUGCACGUCGGUCCCUGCCUGACUGAAAGUCCGUCGUUCUUGAGAGAUUGCAGAAGCGUGGACACUGUACAGUCUGUAGAGACAAACCAGGCGUGACCAUGGGCAAAGCUCAAGCGCUUCUCCACACUCUCGCUGACCUGCCAAGACGCUCCGUAGGAGACAUGUCUUUUUGCGUCUCGACUUUGCCAGCGUCGGCUUCUUGACUGUCGCUGCUCUCCGAUGUCUCCGCUGCAGAGCUGGCUGAGACGGCGCUCUCCUCCCCGUUCUUCUUGGAGAUCGCUUUCUUGAGCAUCGAUGCCGCCCUGCCUUCUUUCGUUGCCUCGGUGCCUUCCUCCUUGCUGAACGGCACGAGCUUCCUCUCUGACUUGGCUUCCUUGUCACUGGCAGCGCUCUUGAAGGCCCUCACUUCUCGCAUCAU